UCAUGUGGCGAAUGUGGGCGGGUGAAUAUGGCGGCGCUCGUGAUGAGAGUUAGUCCAGGUCCUUUCGCUUUUGUUCGGGUUCACCGACCCGCUCUGCGCUCCGCUUCUGCCGCAAUACUCAAAUCCGUCAGUGUGUCUGCCACACAGUCACUCUCAUUCCCAGAGAGGGUGAAGAUUGUGGAGGUUGGACCUCGAGAUGGACUUCAGAAUGAGAAGACCAUUGUUCCCACUGAGGUAAAGAUCCGUCUGAUUGAUAUGCUGUCAGAAGCAGGACUUACUGUCAUCGAGGCCACAAGUUUUGUUUCACCUAAAUGGGUCCCUCAGAUGGCUGAUCAAGAGGAAGUGAUGCGUGGCCUCCAUAAGAAACCUGGCGUGAACUACCCCGUCCUGACCCCUAAUCUGAAGGGAUUCCAGGCUGCUAUGAAGGCUGGUGCAAAAGAGGUCGCAAUAUUUGGUGCUGCAUCAGAGCUCUUCAGUAAGAAGAACAUCAACUGUUCAGUGGAGGAGAGUCUUGUGCGCUUUGAAGAGGUGGUGAGAGCAGCCAAACAAGAGGGAGUUCCUGUGAGAGGCUAUGUGUCAUGUGUGCUGGGUUGUCCAUAUGAAGGGAAGGUAUCACCUACCAAAGUGGCUGAGGUUGCUAAGCGACUGUAUUCCAUGGGCUGCUAUGAGAUUUCACUUGGCGAUACUAUCGGAGUGGGCACUCCAGGUGGCAUGACAGAGAUGUUGGAUGCCGUGAAGAAAGAGGUUCCCGUGGAGGCUUUAGCAGUUCACUGUCAUGACACUUACGGACAAGCACUUGCUAACAUACUUGUAGCAUUACAGAAUGGGGUAAGUGUCGUGGACUCAUCUGUUGCAGGGCUGGGCGGCUGCCCUUAUGCCCAGGGGGCGCCUGGAAAUGUUGCAACUGAAGAUGUGGUCUAUAUGCUGCAUGGACUGGGAAUCCAUACAGGAGUGGACCUGCCCAAACUGUUGGAUGCUGGCUCAUACAUCUGUCAUUCACUCAACAGAAGGACAAAUUCAAAAGUAGCUCAGGCCUCCUGCAAGCUCUGAAGUCAUCUUUCUCUUCAUAGUUAUUAUAGUCCCUGGUAUGAUGACAUUACUCUUUUGGAGGUCACACUCCGUUACCCCUUAGUAUAUAGUGAUUUUUCUUUAAUUUAUAGAAUCUUUUAAAUAAAUAUCUCUAAACAGUGGAGCUGGACAUCGGGGAUGAGCGCAACCGUUUCUCUACUGUGAAUGUUUGAAUGAGGGUAGUGAUGAAAAGGGCACUUGUGAGCUCAUAUCACCCAAUAUAUUUACAACCAGAUGGACCUAAGCUGUUUUCUUGUGCCUUGAUUUCUGAUAAUAUUGCCUAAAGGCAAUAAAUGCUAGAAUGGGACAGAAUUUGACUUUGCAGAAUAUUAUAAAUGAUAUCUAUAUGCAAAUGUCUUGCUGGUUAGUUUGCAUCACAUUGCUAAUCUUGAUUAGAAUAUUUGUUUAUUGAUGUAUCAUAGAAUGAGACGUCACAAAUGUGACCAUGGACCACAAAACCAAUCUUAAGUGUCAAUUUUCCUAAAUUGAUAUUUGCGCAUCACAUGAAAGAUGAAUAAAUAAGCUUUCCAUUGA